AUUCAAAAACACAAUCAGUAGGAGGACACAUUUGAGAUCAUUGGUCAUCGAUCCAAAAUCUGUUUAGGAUUGGUCGAUUUUAUAAAUGACGGUUGUAGUGUAGUAUUUUUUUGUUUUUUAGACGUAAUUUAAAAUAACACGAACGCAUGAUGAGUGAAGACGAACAAAAUCAACAAACGAUGUAUGUGACUUGUGGGAAUUCCAAUGUGCCAAAUGAAACAAUUUUUCAUGCUGUGUAUAUACCUGAAGAAAAUAUUGACAGUUCAACAGAAAACUAUGCAAAAGAAAAUAGAGUCUAUCAAGAUAAAGUGGAAGCAUUAAAAGUAAUCAAGGAGUUUAAAACAGGCAGAUUGAAAUCAUUUAAGAAACGUUCAGAAGCCGAAGAAUAUGCUAAGACUGGUUUAGAGAAAACAAAUUACAUUAGUAAUACCUCGAUAUCUACAACAGUACCUGUAGCAGAAGAGAAAUCAAGUAAUUUUAAAGGGCCACGGUCGCAAGAACUUGUAUCCUUUAGAAAUUUAAUUAAAGAUGGAGAUACACACGAUGUAAAAACUAAAGUGUGGAGUAAUCCACGAUAUUUAAUUGGUAGUGGAGAUACACCUGCAAUUUUGCAAGAAGGGUGUCGUUACAAUGCAUUGCAUAUCGCGGUCAGAGCAAACAGAGCAGAUAUGUGUGAGUUAAUAUUAAAUACUGUUGGAAAUGCGGAAUUUAUAAAAUUACUUUACGGUGAUGAAUGCAAGAUUUAUGUGGAUCGUGCACAGAUUAUGUUAGACUUAUAUUUAAAUACACCUGAUAAAGGACUGAACGAAACACCAUUACACUUUGCAGUUAAAUUUGGUUUAAAAGAUGUAGUUCGAGUUCUUGUUUCGUAUCCAUGCUGCAUAAAAACAUUGCCAAACAAAUAUAAACAGCUACCAAUAGAUAUAAUAUGUAGUAGAACCAAUCAAGAUGAAGAGUUAAAAAAAGAAAUAAGUUUGUUACUGGAAGAUCAGUAUUAUGUACCUGUAUUAAGAUCGGAUGAUAGCACAUUGCAACCUCUUAUUGGAGAACCUUUUUCUCCAACUAGUCCAUUGAGUUUACAGACAGAUCCAGUAAGUCCAUGUCUAGAAGUACGCGCAUUCGCUGGACCAAUGACAAAAUCUCGAGCAUUGGAAUUUAGAAAAAAAUGGAAAACACCUCCACGUCUUCGUGGUACCCCUAUCAAAAGAAUUACAGAUGAACAAUUGAACAAGACAGAGAGUCCCAUUAAUAAUUUAUCGUUAAGAUUACAAGAUAUAGAUAAAGGCCUUGAACGAGUGGGAAGAGAUUUGGCAGAAGAAUACCAAGUGUCAUGGAAAGAAUAUUGGCCAUUUUUAAACGAUUUUGCAGAUUUUCGUUCUAUGGAAGGUUUAAUGAAACUAGAAAAGUACUUGGAAAAUAAAUUCCGUGACCAAUUACUUUCUUACAGUCAGGACUUAAAUGUUAACAAAAUAAAUUCAAAUUCAGAUAUGAAAUCGAAUUCAGUCAAUGAAAUAGAUUACUUAUGUAAUAAAUUACAAUUAUGCUCGUUACAUAGUACAGAUAAUCAAGAUGAAAAUAAUACAGAUGAGCUAGAAUUUUUUACACCACCAUCGUCGCCUAAGUUAAUAGUCGACAGUUCCGAUGAUGAAAUGGAAACUGCAGAGGAAGGUCCUGCAACGUUUCUUGAAGGUUCUGUAGCAACAAAGCUGGAUUAUGCUGUUUAUAAUGCAGUACCAUCAGUUAUGUCUACUACAUACCCAAACAUUUAUCGUUGGCAACACGACAUGCAGCUUGUUAUGAAACGUGAUUUAUCUAGAUCUAACAAUAUAAGGCUAAUUAGAAGAAAAUUGAUUUUAAGCUCGUAGAUAUGUUAAUCAUCAAGGCAUUGAACAGUGUAAAAAAAUAAAACUGUAUAAACUUUUUAUAUUACUCACAAUAAUUCUUAUCUGAUAGGUAGUAUACUUAAAAACUUGUUAAGUAUACUAAAAAAAAAAAAAAUAUAUAUAUAUAUAUAUUUUCAGAACAUUUUUAUAUGUAAUUAAAAUAAUCUAUAAAAG